CCAAGAGUAUGGCGUCGAUGCUGACCUCCCCUCUUUGAUUAUACCGAGAAAUCAGGAUCUCUUUCCCUAUCCUCUUCUUCAGUCGUCUUCCUUCUUCCUCUUCCUAUAUAUAAAUGGCCUCCGCUCCUCUACUUCACGCGCGUUGCGCUUACUCGCCCAGAUUCAGCUGCACCACUAAUCGUCGCAGUGGAGGAGCUGGAGCUCUAGGCCCGUCGUCUUCUUCCUGUUGCUCUUCCUCGUCGUCCCUGGCCUUCUCUUCUGGUGCGUGUAAUAGCUGGAGGAAUCAAGGACUGAGAGCUCACGCUAUGACGAGUCAGGGGAAUUGGGCUUCUUCUUCUGGGGGUGUUGCGAGUGCGGAGAAGAAGCCUGAUCAUCUUCUUGUACUUGUUCAUGGCAUUUUGGCUAGCCCGAGUGAUUGGACGUACGUGGAAGCAGAAUUACGAAAGCGUCUAGGCAGGAACUUCUUAAUUUAUGCAAGUUCCUGUAACACAUACACUAAAACUUUUACCGGGAUUGAUGGAGCUGGAAAGAGAUUAGCAGAUGAAGUCAUGGAAGUUGUGCAAAAGACAGAUAGCCUGAAGAAAAUCUCAUUUUUAGCACAUUCUCUAGGGGGUUUGUUUGCAAGAUACGCCAUAUCUGUUCUUUACACACCCAAUGAUGUUCUCAAUUCGGCUCUUGUUAAUUCAAAAGCAACAACCUCUUUGAGACGAGGAAAGAUUGCUGGUUUGGAGCCAAUCAAUUUUGUAACAUUGGCAACCCCACAUCUUGGGGUGAGGGGGAAAAAUCAGCUUCCAUUUCUUUUCGGUGUACCGUUUUUAGAAAAGCUGGCUGUGCCUAUUGCUCCUAUUAUUGUUGGUCGGACUGGUAGUCAGCUUUUCCUCACUGAUGGUAAACCUGAAAGGCCACCACUUCUUCUGAGAAUGGCAUCUGACUGUGAAGAUGGAAAUUUUUUGUCUGCAUUAGGGUCGUUUAAAUCUCGGAUUCUUUAUGCUAAUGUAUCGUACGAUCAUAUGGUUGGUUGGCGUACAUCAUCCAUUAGGAGAGAGAAAGAAAUUUUGAAGCCUCCUCGCCGGUCUUUGGUUGGCUACAAGCAUGUUGUAGAUGUAGAGUAUUGUCCUCCGGUUUCAUCUGAUGGGCCUCAUUUUCCUCCUGAGGCUGCUAAGGCGAAGGAGGCAGCCCAAAGUAAACCCAACCAACAGAACACCUUGGAAUAUCAUGAAAUUGUUGAUGAUGAAAUGAUACAAGGCUUACAACAGUUGGCAUGGAAAAAAGUCGAUGUCAGCUUUCAUUCUGCACUGUGGCCCUUCUUCGCCCACAACAACAUUCAUGUAAAAAAUGAAUGGCUUCACAAUGCUGGUGCUGGAGUGGUUGCACACGUUGCUGAAACUCUAAAGCAGCAAGAAUCCUCCACACUGACCGCCAGCUUAUAGCUAUAAUCUGUAUGUAAGUCCAAUGAUAAUGAUAACAUGUAGAAAAACCUCACAGUACGAAAUUAAUCAAUGAAACAUAUUGUUGGUCAGUAUUGUGUAUCCCUUCUCCUACCUCAUUGUUCCGUUAAAUAAGCUUUAUUUGUCAGAAGAUGUUGAAGGAAUAGUCAGGCACAUCAGGUUUCAUACUCGGAAUGUUGAAAGUGAAAGGUACAAGAACACAUAUACAGACAUGCCUGAGAGGGAUGUUCUCCACAAAGAGUUACAGCAGAAAUAUCGACAACUUAAGCGAGUGUUGUUGGUUUCAAGUUAGUCUUAUUGGUAUAUAGCAUGCCAAUAUGUACCAAUAAGUUUGGUUCACCAUUGGAACUUAAAAGGGUUCUCAUGUAUCAGACCCAUACCAGUGGAUUCGAUUACUCAGAGUCAGUUGUUCAUAACACAUUGUAAAGCUGCCGGGGGCUUGUACAACCAGGACUUCCACCAUUCAUGAGCUUUUGAUUGAAUGCAUUAAGAUUGUUGGUCGAUUUAUAUAAAGAGGUCAUGCUAAUAUGACA